AUGGCUUCCAACCUGAAGCGUUUGGCCAGGGAGCAUGCCUCCCUCCACCACAAGGGCCUCCCGCCCUACUACUGCUUUCCCAGCUCUAACCCCGCUGGCCCAGAUAGCUUGACACAGCUCACCGUGCUGCUCACCGGUCCAUCGGGGACCCCUUACUCUCAGGGACUUUGGCGCCUGCAGCUUCGCCUGCCAGAGGACUACCCCGCCAGCCCGCCGAAAGCGUUUUUCAAGACAAGAAUAUGGCAUCCUAAUGUCGAGGAAUCGACUGGGGCCGUCUGUGUGGACACGCUCAAGAGAGACUGGGAUCCUAAGCUUACACUACAGGAUAUCUUGAUCACAAUAUCAUGUCUUUUGAUACACCCAAACCCUGAUUCGGCACUGAACGCCACUGCAGGCGCUUUGCUGCAGGAGAACUACGAGUCAUUCGCUCGACAGGCAAAGCUAAUGACAUCUAUACAUGCUCCUAUUCCAGCCGAUAUGAGAGAUCAAGUCAACGAAGCAAAACGAGAUGCUAAUGGCGCUGAUGCUGCUGUCAGCUCGGAGAGUGAAGAGCCAAGCAGCUCUGAUAGCGCCCUGCCAGUACAGACAGUCUUCAUGAAACGAAAACAACAACCAACCCCACCAUCACUGGAAGAACGGCAACCUGCAACAGAACAACAGCCAGCGAAUCAGUCAAUUGAAGACUCUGACUCUGAGGCAGAUGUGGAUUCGGACUCAGAAAACUCAGCAUCAAAAGAGAAUGAUCCAACACUGUCGAGUUCUCCUGUCAUACCUCCUGUCCGCAGUCCACGUAGUGUUCUUGGGAAACGCCCUCUAUCCGUUCUCUCCGUUUCAGAAGAACCUGAUCUUGUCCUAAUAAACGAUUCAUCUGACGAAGAGGACGCCGAUCAGCCACCAGAGUUCAGUGGUAUGACAGCCUCGGAAAAAAACGUAGCAGCCAACAGCCCCGACUUGGCAGCUGCCAUAAGCAGAAAUAGGUCAAAUUCAAAACACCACCACCGCGCCCCGUCGUUAAACGAUCAAUCACUUCUCCUUCAACCGCGACGAAAAACUCCUAAACUCUCCGAUUCGACAGCCAGACGGUCAUGCAUCAAUAUGACACCAGUCAGCGCCUUGGCUCCGGCUAAGGCAGCGGCUGAGAGGAAGCGAAGCUCCGCCGGGUCAGACGGUGGCAAUUACGCAAGUCCGAAAGCGCUCAGUCCAAUCAUAGGUGCAGCCACAGCCACCACGGCUACCAAGGAGGUAUACAUGAAGCAGGCCGGUGGUUCGACGCCUUUCCCGACAACUAAAGUCGAGCCCUCAAUUUCGGUAGACGAGAAAGUGUCUGCACGAAGCAAACUUGCACCUCGUUCUCCGGUCAGGAAACAGCAACAGCUACAUACCUUGAGUAACCUGACGGUCAGACCGAAACCUCGUACAGGACUCAGAAGGUUGUAA